AUGCGACCAUGGGCGGUGGCAGUGACUAGGUGGCCCACCUCGGCACCUGUGGGUCAGCGGAGAUUCUUGGCAGGGCCCAGCAGUGCUCCAGGCCAACUCCGGCUCAGCCCCGGCCGUGAGGGCCCCCUGGCCAGCCCGCCUACCCAGGAUGAGCGCUUACCCUCCCAGCAGCCUCUGCCCCAACCACCUCACCUCCCUGUAGAGGAGCACCGAGCUUCGGCUCCUGCCGGCGGGAGCCCCCGAAUGCUGCACCCGGCCACCCAGCAGAGCCCAUUCAUGGUUGAUCUCCACGACCAGGUGCACCAGGGACCUGUCCCUCUGUCCUACACAGUUACCACUGUGACCACCCAAGGCUUCCCCUUGCCUGCGGGCCAGCACAUUCCUGGCUGUAGUGCCCAGCAGCUCCCAGCAUGCUCCGUGAUGUUCAGCGGACAGCACUACCCCCUCUGCUGCCUCCCACCCCCACUGAUCCAGGCAUGCACCAUGCAGCAGCUGCCAGUGCCCUACCAGGCCUACCCCCACCUCAUUUCCAGCGACCACUACAUCCUGCACCCGCCGCCACCGGCCCCGCCUCCCCAGCACCCUCACAUGGCGCCCCUAGGGCAGUUCGUGUCGCUGCAGACCCAGCACCCGAGAAUGCCCUUGCAGCGGCUUGACAGCGAUGUGGACCUGCGGGGGGACCAACACCCCUUGGGGAGCUUCACCUAUUCCACCUCAGCCCCCGGUCCUACCCUCUCUCCAUCCAUACCCCUGCACUACCUGCCCCAUGAGCCGCUGCCUCAGGAGCUGCCCUUUGGCAUGCCGUAUUCCCACAUGAUGCCUCGGAGACUGAACACCCAGAGAUACCGUCUGCAACAGCCGCUGCCACCGCCACCCCCACCCCCACCCCCUCCACCUUAUUACCCCAGUUUCCUGCCCUACUUCCUUUCGAUGCUGCCAAUGUCCCCCACCACAAUGGGGCCUACCAUCAGCCUGGAUCUGGAUGUGGAUGAUGUAGAGAUGGAGAACUACGAGGCCCUCCUCAACCUGGCAGAGCGGCUGGGCGAUGCCAAACCCCGAGGCCUCACCAAAGCUGAUAUUGAGCGGCUCCCGUCCUACCGAUUCAACCCUGACAGCCAUCAGUCAGAGCAGACUCUGUGUGUCGUCUGCUUCAGCGACUUCGAAGUUAGGCAGCUCCUCCGGGUUCUGCCCUGCAACCAUGAAUUCCACACCAAGUGCGUCGAUAAGUGGUUGAAGGCCAACCGGACGUGCCCCAUAUGCCGGGCCGAUGCCUCCGAGGUACCCAGGGAGGCCGAGUGA